AGCUCGGCCCCGUGCGGACCUGCGAGGGAUCGCCUUUGUGCGGGGCUCCGGGGAUCCGCGACGGCCGCUCGCGUCCGGGUCCAUUGUUUCGCUUCUGUGUCUCUUCCGGGCAAGUGUUGGCUGAGCGCGGGGCCCGCACGUGUCACAGCGGCCGCCGGAGCCUGGGACCCGCGGGCGCCGGCAGGGGCGUCCCGGGCUGCGCCGGGAGAUGAAGUACCUGAAGCCGUGGUGGUCCGACGGCGGCGGCCUCCUGCCCCUCACCAUCCUGUUGAGUUUGGCGGGGCUCCGCCUGGACCUGGACCUGGACCUGGACCUCUACCUGCUGCUCCCGCCGCCCCCCCUGCUGCAGGAUGAGCUGCUGCUCUGGGGCGGCCGGACGCGUCCCGCCUACGCGCUCAGCCCCUUCCCGGCCUCAGGAGGGUGGGGGCGCGCGGACCACCUGCACCCCAAAGGACGGGAGCCGGAGCCCGUGGGCCAGCUGCUCCGGGAGGUGCGCACGCUGGGGGUCCCUUUCAUCCCCCGCACCCACGUGGAUGCGUGGCUGGUGCACAGCGUGGUGGCCGGGGACGCCGACGGGGCGCACGGGCUGCUCGGCGCCGCCGCAGCCUCGUCGGCCGGAGGAGUCGGCGCCAGCGCGGACGGCGGCAGCCAGGCUGCGCUGGGGGGCGGCGGGGACCCCCGAGCGGCUCCGAGUAGCCCCCUGGCCGCUGGGGAGGAGGAGAAGGCACCCGCGGAACCCACGGCUCGGGUGCCGGACGCCGGCGGACGCGCGAGCCAGGAGAAUGAGGUAUUCAGAGCUGCGGGUCACAGUUCCCAGCAGGAGGAAAAUGAGCAAAGUGUGUCAGCCCAGAAGGACAAAUCACUACAGCAUCAGGAUGAAGAUGAAACUCAAACAGCAGAUACACCUGAGUGGGAGGCAGAAAAGACCACUGAACCUAGGAAUGAGAGAUAUCUAAAUGGGACUGACACAUCUCUCUCUCUGGAAGACUUACUUCAGUUGCUUUCAUCACAGCCGGAAAAUUCACUGGAGGGCAUCUCCCUGGGAGAUAUUCCUCUUCUCCCAGGAAGUAUCAAUGAUGGCAUGAAUUCUUCAGCAUAUUACAAUGUGAAUUUUAGCCAGGCUAUAAGUCACGAUGUCAAUCUCCAUGAGGCCAUGUUGCUGGGUCCAGACAAUACAUUUAGAAGAGACCCAGUAGGAAGGACUUCACAGCCACAGGAACCAUUUCUGCAGUUAAAUUCUCACACCACCAAUCCUGCACAGAUCCCCCCUGGAACUAAUCUGACAGCAUUUCUUCCACCUGUUGACCAUCAGAUAAGGAAUCUAACAAGCCAUGACCUUCUAUGUGACCUUGAUAUAAAUAUCUUUGAUGAGAUAAAUUCAAUGUCUUUGGUGACAGAAGGUGGUUUUGAUCCAAUGGAAGUUUCUCACCUUUUUGGAGAACCCGAUUCUGAUUCUGGGCUUUCCUUAAAUUCAAGCCAUAAUAGCACCUCUGUUACCAAUUCUAAUUCCUGUGUGUGUGACAGUGCUAUAGGUUCUAGUAGUGACCUUGAAUCUCUUUCCCACCAUGCUUUAGAAGGGGCUGUAGGUGGCUACUACCCAGAGCCCAGUAAGAUUCGUCACAUUGAUCUUAGUAGUGAUUCUCCUUUCCACGGGGACCUUGCAUUUCAACACAUAUUCCAUAACCACACUUACCACUUACAGUCAAGUGUACCAGAAUCCACUUCUGAGUCUUUUUCAUGGCCUGGGAAGUCACAGAAAAUAAAAAGUAGGUACCUGAAUGACACAGACAGAAACUUAAGCCGUGAUGAACGCCGUGCUAAAGCUCUGCACAUCCCUUUUUCUGUAGAUGAAAUUGUCCACAUGCCUGUUGAUUCUUUCAAUAGUAUGCUAAGCAGAUACUACCUGACAGAUUUACAAGUGUCACUCAUCCGUGAUAUUAGACGAAGAGGGAAAAAUAAAGUUGCCGCUCAGAACUGUCGAAAGCGCAAACUGGACAUAAUUUUGAAUCUAGAAGAUGAUGUAUGUAACUUGCAAGUUAAGAAGGAAACCCUCAAGAGCGAGCGAGCCCAGUGUAACAAAGCCAUUAACAUCAUGAAAAAGAAACUGCACGACCUUUAUCAUGAUAUUCUUAGCAGGUUAAGAGAUGAUGAAGGUCGGCCUGUCAAUCCAAACCAGUAUGCUCUUCAAUGCAGCCAUGAUGGAAGUGUUUUGAUUGUACCCAAGGAACUGGUGACCUCAAGCUACAAAAAGGAAACUCAAAAGGGAAAGAGAAAGUGAAAUUGAAAAUAGACUGAUUCCAUUAAUAUGUGUAAAGUAGUAAUAAUGCUCAGAUGACAUAUGAUCACAAACCAUUGAAACUGCUUCAAGGUUUGCUCAAUCAUCUUUUAAGCAGUUACUUGAAUCACAUAAGGCUACAUUUUGAAGCUUAUAUGGACAAGUUCAGGACUUCAAGACGCCGACAUGUGGGAAAUCUGGGGAAAGCUUCUUUUCGUGAAGUCGUCCUAUAUUAUAUGCACAAUUCAUAAGUAUGUACAGAGUAAGGUGACAAAAAGCUUGAUAGGACUACCGACUCACUUUGGUAGCCAUUUUCUAGUAAGAUGGUCACUUUAAACAUAACACUGGGUGUAAUUAUUUUAAAACGUAUUUUAGUUUUUAACUUUGAAGUGCAAAGUAGCCUUAACAUUCUCAUUUAGUUAGCACUGAAGUAUAGUGAGCUUUUCAAAAGCUAUUUUAUUAAUACUUAAAUUAUAACUUUUUCUCUGUGAAAAUGAAUUUUAUACUUGAAUUUAUUUAAAAAGAUAACUUCUCCCUUACAUACAGAAAUUCUAAGCAAAUUCACCUUGGCUAUUAUUUCCUCCAAAAUGCCCAUUCAGGAAUACAGAUAAAUUAUCUAGCAAAAUAGGACAGCAUGUUAAGACUUGAUCCAAGUUGAACUCAACAUAGUCUGUUAAACUAGUAAGGGAAAUCCCCACUCGGACUUAACAAUACUAUGUGAAAUAAAGACUAUAAAUGGCCAAAUUAUAAACCAUACUGUCAAAAAAAAAAAAAAGUGCAGGCUUUAAUGGCUGAGAACAAAGACCUCUAUAGUCACAGGUUUUAGAGAUAGAGCAAGGCUACCUAUGUAUAGCUCUCACUCCCGGGCAAGUAAGGCAGCCUGCAGAGAUGACCUCACAUCCAUAACAUUGAUGUCUCACCACAAAACUCAGAUUCAUGUGAAAACAUUAAAAGCCGUAAUGAACACACACCAACAGCAGGGGAAGAGGCGAUGAGCAUAGACUCUAUACAACCAAAGAACUGGAAAUAAUGAAACCACAUGAAACAGGACAGUAAAAAAACAAGUGGAUGGACUUGAAAUGAACAGAGAAGUCACUAAUCCUAGAAAUAAUGGAAUUGAAAUGCAAGUAAGUUAACAGGAACAGUUAAUGUUUGAUUUCAAAAUAAGGUUGUCAGAUAUAGUAAUUAUUUGCCUAACAAUGUAAAAAUCAAAAGUCAAAGUAUUCUCAUGGCUUGCAAAAAUGCAGUUUUGUAAGAGUGGGUUUUUUAUAAUAAAUUUUCUCCAC